UCUGGGUGCGCGGGCGCCAUUUUGCCGGAGCCUGCGACCGAGUGGGAGUGGAGUGGAGCGGCGGUUGUUGCCGACUCUUUCCUCCUCCCUACGGUCCAGUCAGCGGGUUGAUCAGGCCAUUGGCCCACAAGCCGAGACUUGUCUCUUAUUUAGUUCUGGGGAGCGUCUGGCCGACAUGAGUGAUGUAGAGGAGAACAACUUCGAGGGCAGAGAGUCUCGCUCUCAGUCAAAAUCUCCAACGGGAACUCCUGCUCGUGUAAAAUCGGAGAGCAGGUCAGGAUCUCGUAGUCCAUCAAGGGUUUCCAAACACUCUGAAUCCCAUUCUCGGUCAAGAUCAAAAUCCAGGUCAAGGUCAAGAAGGCAUUCUCAUAGACGUUAUACUCGAUCCAGAUCCCACUCUCACUCUCAUAGGAGAAGAUCUCGAAGUAGGUCGUAUACUCCAGAAUACCGACGGCGAAGGAGCCGAAGUCACUCUCCAAUGUCUAACCGGAGAAGACAUACAGGCAGCAGGGCGAAUCCAGAUCCCAACACUUGUCUUGGAGUUUUUGGCCUCAGUUUAUACACAACAGAGCGAGAUCUUCGUGAAGUAUUUUCUAGAUAUGGACCAUUGAGUGGUGUCAAUGUGGUUUACGACCAGCGGACUGGACGAUCACGGGGAUUUGCUUUUGUGUAUUUUGAGAGAAUAGAUGACUCAAAGGAGGCUAUGGAAAGGGCAAAUGGAAUGGAGUUGGAUGGUAGAAGAAUUCGUGUGGAUUAUUCUAUCACUAAGAGAGCGCACACACCUACACCUGGCAUCUACAUGGGCAGACCAACUCAUAGUGGUGGUGGUGGCGGUGGCGGAGGUGGAGGUGGAGGUGGAGGUGGUGGCAGGCGUCGAGAUUCUUACUAUGAUAGAGGAUAUGAUCGUGGAUAUGACAGAUAUGAAGACUAUGAUUACCGGUACAGAAGAAGGUCGCCUUCUCCUUACUAUAGUCGAUACAGAUCACGAUCAAGAUCCCGCUCCUACAGCCCAAGACGCUAUUGAUAAUGGAAUGGUUGCAGUUGAGGACUUUUUUUCCCCCCCUUUCUCCUUCCCCUCUCUUUUAUUCUGGAGUUUCCCAAGCUUCUGAUUCUUCCUACUCCUUAAAAAAAAAUCCUUGAUUUAUUUAGCUUCUACACUUUUUCAGUUGCAUUGCUGUUUUCCACCCCUUUUAUUAUACUCUUAAAGGAUGUAAUUGUUGUCAUUUUGAGUAGUUAAACACCUUGAGUAAAAAAAAGGAAUCCAGUGUUAAGUUUUUGUAUCAUUUUUCUUUGCCUUUACAGAGGAUUAACUCCUAGCUAAUUAUAUGAGGAAAGAAAUGGUCUUUUUAAAGCUUUCAUGUCAGAUAUUGUAUUAGACACUGUAUUAGAGAUCUACAUUUAUGAGGACUCCUUUUUUAACUUUUUUUGGGGGGGAAGAUAGUAACAUAUGAAGUAGUUCAGUCAUGUCACAUUUGUCUGAGGUGGCAUAGAACAAAUAGUUGAGUGUAAAAAGUUUGAAGCUAUAGAAGAAAACACUUGGACAUUUCUUUUGAAGAAUGUAAUUUUUGAACCCUAAAAAUUAAGAUUACAAGCUUGUGGAUUCCUACAAAACAUGUUGUAUUUGAAAUACAUCUGUUAAACUUUACAAACUUAAAGUGUGAUUAUUUUUGUGUGUGUGUUAAACUCAUUGAGUUAGGUAUAUCCUUAAUAAGUGAAAGACAACCCUUUAUUUAUUAUUUAGAGCAAUUGUAUAGUUUGCUGUUAGAAAUUUUGGUAUUAGGACAUUGGUUAAGCAGGCUCUUAUAGGAUAGAGUCCUUAGAAGAUACAUGUGGGAGAAAAGUAGUUUUCUUUCAAAUAAAAGUUACUUCUUGGAAAA